UUCAUUUUCAGUGUCCUAUCAAUUUAUUUGGACGCACCUUCAUCCUCUUUUUGAUCGCCUCUCCUGCUAAGAAGAACGAUUCAAACCCUGCCAAACCCUAUAAGAGGACAAGACAACGACCAAAACAAAGAAGACUUGUUCCUAUAUCUAUGUAACAAUAACUUCAAACCAACCUUUGAAUUUUCCAGAUCGUUAGCCAAACCAAGCUUGCAAAAACUUCUGAUCCUAAACCGAGAUGAAACCAAUCCAGCCGCCACCAGGAGUAACCGGUCCGGUUAAGAACCGCCCUCGCCGCCGUCCAGACCUCUCCUUACCACUUCCUCACCGCGACGUUUCCCUCGCCGUACCUCUCCCCCUCCCACCAACUUCCGGCGGUUCCACCACCUCAGAGCCUAAAAGCUACUCAGACUUAGUACGUGGCAACCGGAUCGGAAGCGGAGCCGGAGGAACGGUCUACAAAGUAGUCCACCGUCCAACCUCUCGCGUAUACGCACUCAAGAUACUCAACGGUAACCACGAUGACACUGUUCGUGGCCAUAUCUGCAGAGAGAUCAAGAUUCUCCGAGACGUGAACCACCCCAACGUGGUGAAAUGCCACGAGAUGUUCGAUCACAACGGAGAGAUCCAGGUCUUGCUUGAGUUCAUGGACCAGGGAUCUUUAGAAGGUGCUCAUGUCUCGAACGAGCAGCACUUAUCUGACCUAUCUCGUCAGAUACUAAAAGGCUUGGCUUAUCUUCACGGCCGUCAUAUAGUCCAUAGAGACAUAAAGCCAUCGAAUCUACUUAUAAACUCGGACAAUAACGUCAAGAUUGCUGAUUUUGGAGUGAGUAGGGUCUUGGCUCAGACCCUGUCUCCGUGUAAGUCCUCUGUUGGGACUAUUGCUUACAUGAGUCCUGAGAGGAUCAACACGGACUUGAAUCAGGGGAUGUAUGAUGGUCGUGCUGGUGAUAUUUGGAGCUUCGGUGUUAGUGUUCUUGAGUUUUUCUUGGGGAGGUUUCCUUUUAAUGUGAAUAGGCUAGGUGAUUGGGCUAGUCUUAUGUGUGCCAUUUGUAUGUCUAAGCCGCCUGAAGCUCCUGCCACGGCGUCUCCGGAGUUUAGACACUUUGUUUCGUGUUGUUUGCAGAGAGAACCGGCGAGGAGGCAGACCGCUGUUCAGCUUUUGCAACAUCCUUUUGUGCGUAGAGGGGCGAGUCAGAGUCAGAAUAGGUCUCCUCAGAACCUACAUCAACUCUUGCCUCCUCCACACUGAAUUUUUAGUUUUGUCUGAUAAUGUUUCUGCACUAAAGGUUGAUCAUGUCUUAUUGUUUACACAAACUAUGUCAUUGUCUUGUACUUAGCUUAAAGCAAAGCGUAUAUAGUUUGAAUCACUUUGCACCUCAUGAUGGUUUAUUCCACCAAGUAAUUCAGUAGCAGAGUCAUUACAUGUUCUAAGAUAUAAAACGUGCAUCUCUUGACCAUC